CCCGACAGGUCGACUCAAACAUUAUACAGCUCGUGGUCAACACUCAUUCCUACUCUCAUCAGAGCCCAACUCCAAUACUCCGCGCGAACGCAUGGUAAACCCUUAGAGAAAAUCCAGAAAGUCAUCUCAGCAUGUGGGACUCUGCAGUGCGCAUCAAAACAGACAAGUCUUCUAUGUUUGUUUUUAGACCAU